AUGAGAGAUGGGCCCGUCAUCAGCAUCGAAAAUUACACCAUAUACUGCGGCAAUGCUGAUGAGAACAAAGUAGGUGCUGGUGGAGGAAUUACCUCAACGCCGUCUAGAUGCACCGUUCUACGACUGCUGGAUCGCAGAGGAAUUAAACUCUGGAUCGUAAGUGCUCACGCACCUACGGAAACCCCUGACGACAAAACUAAGGACGCCUUCUAUGACGAACUCAAUGCGUUGAUGUUUAAAAUACCAAGCCACCAGAUGGUCAUUGUCGGAAUCGACGCAAAUUUGAAGAUGGAACAUGAACAACAGUCCGAUGUGGUUGGAAAAUGA